AUGUCGUUCUCUACACCUCUAGAACCGUAUUGGAACUCGUGGAUCGAGAAUCAGAGUCCUGGAUACUCUGAAUAUUGGCUUCUAGGGUUAGGUGAAGCGAUCGCCAUCCAAUCGUGCGAUUGGGUUAGAUCCGACUGCUCAAUUGAGACCAAAUUACAGAAUGUAUUUAGUAGACUUUGUUGA